CUAAGUGGUUUGAGGUUUUAAAUCUUCCUUCCUGUUGUGUUCAAAGAGGGCUGUUCAGAGGAAGUGAAAUCCAGUCACACUCUGUUUCACGAACUGAUCAUAAGGUUAUUUUUUUCCUCAAACAUCUGUCAGCAUGGCAGCAUUGUUUGGGAUCUGGAUGUUUAAAGUCAUCUUCUUGGGAUUAAUAGAUCCAUCUCAAGCUUCAGUGCGUCCUCGCGUCUCAUUCGCCCGUGGAAGUUCAGAGCGUGUGUUGGGCAUCUACAGCAGCUCUACACUGAAAAACACCUCCACUCUGCUGCUCAGCACAGAUGAAGACACAUUGUUUGUUGGCGCUCGAGACGCUUUGUUCUCUCUGGACGUCAGUCAGUCUGAUAGUAUUACACUCAAAGAUGAGUUGAAAUGGACACCAUCUUCAGACCAAACAAAAACCUGUAGAGUGGCAUCAAAGCUGGACUGUGGAAACUUCAUCAGUAUUCUACAGUUUUUCAACUCUACACACCUCUACGCCUGCGGGACAAAUGCAUAUAAACCACAAGCAAUCAUCAUUCCAGCAAGUUCUCUGAAUGCAAACAUCGACAAAAAAGAUGCCAAAAACUGCUGUCCCUUCAGCUCCACGCAGAGGAACACAGCCAUCAUUGUUGAUGGAGAGCUGUAUACAGCAACCAAUGUCGGCUUCUUCGGGGACAAAAACGUAAUUUCUCGCUGUCAUAGUAGAGGAACACACAACAACUUGGAGCUUGAGACUGUACCGAAAUUGCUACAGGAGCCUGUAUUCAUAAGCUCAACACAUGUCGCCAGUGAAGGGAAGAUCCUGCUGUUUUUUACUGAGAAUGGGGACUUGAGCGGAGACUAUUUUGGAAACUCUUUUACUGUGUCUCGUGUGGCACAGGUCUGCACGGAUGACAAUGGAGGAACCCUCACCUUACAAAGACGAUGGACAUCUUUUGCUAAGGCUCAGCUGGUCUGCCAACAAGGAGAAGAUCUUCAGUUCAACAAACUUCAGGAUAUUGUCAAACUUUCCCCAUCCGACAGUGAUUCUCCAGACAAGACGCUGUUCUACGGGGUCUUCACUUCACAACGGUCGGUUUCAUCUGGUCUGUCAGCGGUGUGUGCUUUCAGUCUGACGGAUAUUAAAGCUGCGUUUUCAGGGAAUUACAAGACAUUCGACUUGAGAGGAAAUCACUGGUCACCUCAGCCAAAUACAGACGGCAAACUCGGCAAGUGUGGAUUAUUUAAUGACACUGACAGCGUGUUGAACAGAGUGAAAAAGAGCUUCCUGACCGAAAACGUUGUGCAUCCAAUGGAUAAAACACUGCUUCUGUCCUCCGCAGAAGAGCAAUAUACUCGUCUAGCUGUUCACAGGGCUCAAGCUGUAGAUGGACAAACUUACACCAUCCUGUACCUGCUCACCGAGUCUGGAUUUCUUCAUAAAGUGGUCCUGCUUGCUGAAGGUCCUCAUAUCAUCGAGGAGAUUCAGAUUUUUAAGCAGCCACAGAUUGCGAAAAACAUCCUCCUGUCCAAAAGCAAGAGUGUGCUGUUCAUCGGCUCUUCUGAGGGAGUGUUCAGAGUGCCGCUGUCAAACUGUUCAGCUUAUCCAAACUGUGCAGAGUGUGUAUUGGCACGUGACCCGUUCUGUGCCUGGGACACAGAGACCAGAGCCUGCACUGCUGUGUCUGAAACAAAGUCUACCCUGCGGCAGGACGUGGAAAGAGGAAAUGUCACAGAACAGUGUAUAGAGUUCAGAAAUACUGCUGCAGUGUUGUUCAAGACUGCACACUUGAAUGAAAUUGUGGUCCUGCCCUGUCAGUCAAAAUCCAAACUGGCGAAGAUGACCUGGAGAUUCUCAAACAACAGCCUCGUUCCCCAGUUCCCGUACCUGCAGUGGACGGAUGGCAGUCUGGUCUUCCCCGUCUCUCUAGAGACCACAAACACCUACCGCUGCGUGUCUGAGGAGCUGGGCUUUCAGCAAACCAUCGCCACCUUUUCUGUAAAUCUCCCUGUGGUUCCUCGAUCUCGCAUGUCUCCAUCACACCAGCAGCCUGAGCACAUUGACUUCACCACAAUUGAGCUUGAUGAAUCUGAACCUAUAAAUGAAGAAAAAAUAAAUGACAGGAGCGAGGAAAAACAAGCCAGCACUUAUCACGAUGCUGGAAAAGACACUCUGUGCAUCUCACAGAAGAGCUACUACUCUGAAAUGGUCGCUGUCUGCAUCUUUUUUGUCAUUUUUUGUUUCUGCAUACUGGCUUUUUUUGUGGUCCUGUGGAGGAAUGGCAAGAGGUGCAACAAAAUUUUACCUCAGGAGCAGCCUCAGAAAGGCACAGAGUCGGACAAAAUCUGCCAGACAGAACUGUAACAAAAGCAGAGCUAAAAGAGCUGUAUCAGGGUGCUGGAUGAGUCAUUCUUGAUCCACAGUUUGGAAAAUAACAACGUUUACGCUUCGAAAUGAAUCAGAGGGGAUCGGUGUAAUGGGUUUAAUAUGGGUCAUGGGAUUUAAAAUCAUUUUUGAUAUGUGUGAUAUUUAAUGUAAUCAUAUUAUUUUAUCUAAAAACAGGGUUAGUCAGCUCUGACACAUGAAUGAAGACUUGUUUGUACCAUUUAAAGUCUUAAUAGAACUUUAACAUACACUCUAAAAAUGCUGGGUUGUCUUAAUGCAACAUUGGGUCAAAUAUGUACAAAUCCAAAAAUUGUAUUUAAAAAACAUUAUUCAACCCAACUGAUAGAUUUGUCGAUUAAGUGCUCAGCAUAAAUGAAUACACCCCUCACAAAUCUAUUUUAAAUAUAAAAUAUAUCUAAAUAUAUCUA